UAGGUUGAUGAUAGCCUGCCAAAUGAGCUAUUUCAAAAAUACGAUACUCCUGUUGAUUUGAUUGUAACACCCACAGAGGUUAUACAUGUCAGCAGACGGUUGCCACGACCAACUGGCAUAUUUUGGGAAUUGCUUUCGGAGCGCCGUCUUAAGAUUGCACCUGUUCUCCACGUGCUUAAGGAAAGCCAAGAGAAGGAAAGUAAUUGUGCUGAAAGAAGUGGAUAUCGACAUUGAACAAAAUCCAAAUGCACGUAGACGUCGCCGUGGACCGGCUAGUCGAUGCAACAGACGUCACAACCAACGUCGCGCUAUUUCUCAAACCGAUACCGAACAACACGGUUUGGAAGGCGAUCAAAGUGUUGCUGGCGCUGGUAAUGCCAGUGGCGCUGAAGGAGACGCUGCGUAACCACAACAGACAAAAACCGUUGCAUUCAAUGUGGAUUUGCCUACGUUUGAUGAGAAGAAAGCUGAAGUUUGUAGCGGUGCUAUUAGAAAUGGUGAUGCUACUGCAGGUGGUGAUGCUAACGCUGCUCGCAUCGAGUCCGUCGAUACCAGCGCCGUAUACUUAAUAUGAGCUAUGGGCUGAUUUGAAAUGGCUGCGCCGCCGCACACAUUUUUAAUGAAAUGAAAAAUAAAAAAAAAAAUUAUAAAAAUGUUUGUGAAACAAACAACAAACAUACUAUUGAAUGAAGAAAUGAGCAUUUAGAAGAAACUUGCGCGUUUAUAUUAAUUAAUUUAGAAUAUUUCCGAUUUUGCUUAACAUAUUAUAA